GCUUCAGUCUCCGAGCUGUCAGCACAGAGCCUGAUGUGGGGUUCGAACCCACGGACUAUGAGAUCAUGACCUGGGCCGAAGUCAGACACUUAACCAAAUAAGCCACCCAGGCGCCCCUAUUACUAGGGUUCCCAAGGGUCGAGCACUUCAUUAAUUUUUCCCAUAUGUCCACCAUUACAGUAGGCAUGAAUAGAUACAAAAGAAGUAAAAUAUUACAGUAGAACUGAUACAUGUUCUAAAUAUAGGUUUGUCUUCUCUGACUGCUUUGUCUCCAUAGGCACCAUCAUCUGAGGGUUUGUAGAAUGCCUUCUCCAUUAGACCUACCUUAAAUCAAGGAAUCCGGUUUAUAGUCAAGGAGGUCUGACAAUGAACUUGUAAUCACAGAAUUCAUGGUUCUUACUCAUCACCCAGAAGCAGCUAGCCUGAUAGCACUAUGGAAUGGCAUGUUGAAGACACAGCUAAGUUACACCUUGGAAAAUUGGGGAGCUGUCCUCCAGGAUACAGUAUAUGCAAUGAUAUGCAUUGAAUCAAUAACAUAUAUGGUGUUGUGUCUCCAAUAGAAAGACUACUUGGGUAUAGAAACCAACAGGUUGGAACAGGAGUGGCCCCUAUUACUAUAAUAUUCAGUAACUCACUGGUGGAAUUUGUGCUUCCUAUCUUCAAACCUAGAGUCUUCUGGGUUAUGGUUCUGAUUCUCAGGAAGAACAUUUCUAGAAGAUAUAUUAAAUGUUCCAGUGAACUGGAAGCCAGGCGACCUUGUCUUCUUUGUGCCAGUAGAUCAGUAGGCAACGAAUGGAGUAAUUAUAAAGGUCCCACAGUCCCUGCCACACACACUACAUAAAUACAAAAACAUACCCAGCUGUCUGCAUUCAAUAACCUAUCUUCCUGAACCUUGUAAGUACUUUAGUGUAGGAAUGGGGCUUGGGGGCAAAGGGGAAAGGGCAGGGUUUAGACAAAGAAGAAAAACAAUGUAUAACCAUGUAAUGGCUCUUAGAGACAACUUGGAACACUGGAAGGAGAUUUGAGGAAGUAUGUAGAAGUUCUAGGACCAAGAGGUCUUUAAGGAGGACCAUAGUUUAGUGAGCCAGUCAGUGAUGAAGGAGCAAAGAUUUACUCGAGUGGUUUAUUGAAGAGUCAUGGGGAAGUAGAAAGAAAACAGUGACAAUAUCAGCAAGAUCAAAGAGAAUGGGAUAUUUAGGGCUUGGAAGGUUACUCAGAGUAUCACCUAGUCAUUGGUACCCUCUGUAGCAUGUGGCUAUUCCUUUUGUGGGUCUUCCGUUGUGCUCAGACUUGUCUUGGAAUUUAGAGUGUGUCAGUCUUUCAAGGUCUCAGUUACGGUUUUAUAAAAGGUGAGGUAUCUUGACCUACUCUUAAAGUAAUGGUAAAAGCCAUAAUUCUUGUGAUAACAUUUUGACAGCAAAAUUCGACUUACUGGGGAUGCCUGGGUGACUUCAGGUGGUUAAGCAUCUGGACUCGAUUUCGGCUUAGGUCAUGAUCUCAUGGUUGGUGAGUUCCAGCCCCGUGUUUGGCUCAGCACUGGUAGUGCAGAGUCUGCUUGGAAUUCUGUCUUCCUCUCUGCCCCUCCCCUGCUCGCACGUGUGUACUUUCUCUGUCUUUCAAAAUAAAUAAACAUUUUAAAAAUUUAAUUUAAAAAAUUCGAUGAACUGUAGCAAUUCCAUUAUUACGCCGAAAACUCCCUGGUAAUUUUAGCCAAGCUCAGAAUCUUAACUGUCUAGUACUGGAAAGAAUGUUGCCCAUAGAUGAAAUUUUUGAAACUACUACCCAUUCAAAUGACAGUAGGUAAUCACGGUCUCCAGAGAAGCAACGACUUUGGUUUUGUGAAACCAUUCAUUCUUGACUUCACUUUGAUAUUUCUCUCUACAUUUUUGUUUCAGUUCUUCUGACACACAAAAUCACUAAGUAGUCGUAUGGUUUAAUAACUAGAAUUCUUAGGAUUAUUGCCAUCAGUAAGAAAAAGGAGAAACAGAAGUAUCUGAGAAGAAUGGUAGCAAAGGAAACUUAAGCCCCCUUCACCAGGCUGGGAAAAGCUGAGCUAAGGGGAGAGAUCCCCAAAGCCGGACAAGGCCGUCGAGUGGGGAACAAGGCCACAGUCCUCCCGCGUUCCUAGAGAGGACCCCUCUUCUGAAAGACAAGUGUUGACGCACUUCCGGCUUCUGUGGGACUCACAGAUGUGCGCGCAAUCAAGGUUGUGAUGAGCAGAGGGUGUGGGUCCAAGUGCGCCGCCCUUUGCCACCUCCCCCCCAAGAGUCACCUCCCUUUUCUGCCCCAGCACCCCCAGACGUCUCCGGGGUUCACGGAGGGAACAUGUCUAGGAACGUGUGCUUUCCCCCGUCCCUGCUUUUAGAACUUUGACCCAGAUGGCAAAGACCAAGAUGCCUUUUCCCUCAUCUUUAAAUGGCAGAGACAGAUGGAAUUUUCAGAUCUAUCACUAAAAAUGGAGAGAAAUGAGGAAAGAAAAUUUAAUAGUUGGAAGGUGAAGAUAAGAACAGCAACGCAAGUGCUAACAAUGAUAGCAAAAACUGGCCUCAUAAAACAUCUAGGACCUUAUUUGGAUCAAGUGAGCCAGUUCUUCGAACCUGAACAAUGACUGCUGAAUCAAGGGAUACCGCAGAUUUGUCUCCACAGGCCACCCAGGAGGUGGAAGGCAUAGUGAUAGUGAAAGUGGAGGCGGAAGAUGAAGAUGAGGAAGGCCAUUUUCAAAGGGGAAGAAAUAGCAUAGAAUUAUCCCCACAAUUUAUUAGUCGGUCCACAACCAUGAAUGAGAGAGCCUUAUUAUCAUCAUAUUUGGUUGCCUAUCGAGUGGCAAAAGAGAAAAUGGCUCACACGGCUGCUGAAAAAAUUAUUCUUCCAGCAUGUAUGGAUAUGGUACGUACAAUUUUUGAUGAUAAAUCAGCUGAUAAAUUAAGAACUAUACCCCUUAGUGAUAAUACAAUAUCUCGUCGAAUCUGUACAAUUGCAAACCAUUUAGAGGCAAUGCUUAUUACACGGCUGCAGUCUGGUAUAGAUUUUGCAAUCCAACUGGACGAGAGCAUGGAUAUUGCAAAUUGCCCAACACUCUUGAUUUAUGUCAGGUAUGUGUGGCAAGAUGACUUUAUAGAGGACCUGUUGUGUUGUUUAAGUUUAAAUUCACUUAUAACGGGAUUAGAUUUAUUUACCGAAUUAGAAAAGUGCAUUGUUGGUCAAUAUAAAUUGAACUGGAAAAAUUGUAAAGGAAUUUCAAGUGAUGGAGCAGCAAAUAUGACUGGGAAACACAGCAGGGUUAUUGAAAAAUUGUUAGAAGUAACACAUAACAAGGCUCUUUGGAAUCAUUGUUUUAUUCAUCAAGAAGCUUUGGUGUCCAAAGGAAUUCCACCAGGUCUAAUGGAUGUAUUGAAAAACGCAGUGAAAAUUGUUAAUUUUAUUAAAGGAAGCUCCUUAAACAGCCGACUUCUCGAAAUAUUUUGUUCAGAGAUUGGAGUUAACCAUACCCACUUACUGUUUCAUACAGAAGUCCGUUGGCUGUCUCAAGGAAAAGUAUUGAGCAGAGUAUAUGAACUCAGGAAUGAGAUUUACAUUUUUCUCAUUGAAAAGCAAUCUCAUUUGGCAAAUAUUCUUGAAGAUGACCUAUGGGUAACAAAAUUGGCAUAUUUGAGUGAUAUUUUUGGCAUUCUUAAUGAAUUACAUUUUAAAGUACCGGGGAAGAACAAUGAUAUAUUUCAGUAUCUUGAAUGUAUUCUAGGAUUCCAAAAGACAUUAUUGUUGUGGCAAGCAAGACUUAAAAGCAAUCGCCCUAGCUACUAUAUGUUCCCAACGCUGUUGCAGCAUAUUGAAGAGAACGUUAUUAAUGAAGACUGCUUAAAAGAAAUAAAAUCAGAGAUAUUGAUGCAUCUCACUUCUUUGUCUCAAACCUUUCAUCAUUACUUCCCAGAAGAGAAAUUUGAAUCAAUAAAGGAAAAUAUUUGGAUGAAAGAUCCCUUUGUAUUUCAAACCCCAGAAUCAAUCAUUGAGUUAAACUUGGUGCCUGAAGAAGAGAAUGAAUUAUUGCAGCUCAGUUCAUCCUUCACACUGAGGAAUUAUUAUAAGACAUUAAGUCUAUCAGCAUUCUGGAUUAAAAUUAAAGAUGAAUUUCCACUGCUAAGUAGAAAGAGCAUAUUGCUGCUAUUACCAUUCACAACUACCUAUUUGUGUGAACUAGGAUUUUCCAUCUUGACACGAUUAAAAACAAAGAAAAGAAAUAGGCUCAACAGUGCACCUGACAUGCGUGUGGCCCUAUCCUCAUGUGUUCCUGACUGGAAUGAACUUAUGAACAGGCAAGCACACCCAUCGCAUUAAGUGUGAUGAGAUGCACUUAAUGAAAAGUGCUAUGAAAUGUGGUUUUUGUACUUUUUAAGGGUUUCUUUGGUAGAUGGUAUUUAUUAAUAAAAUUAUAUUUGGAAUUUA